GAAAUUAUAAUUUAUUAUGGUCAGUAGGUUGUUGUAUUAUUAGCAUACAUCAAGUUAUAUAUAUGUAAAGAUUGCUCAUAAUUCUAGUUCUUAAUAAUUGUUAAUAGUAAAACUUACUUUGAUACGAACUGAGAAUUUAUGAUUAGAUAUUAAUAAUUAUUGCAAUGGAAGGCGGUGAUAUUUUUAUACAAGAUUUUAUAAACGAUCUUCAAGAAUUUCCUGAGAGCCAAAUUCAAAAAUGCUUUCGUGGUUCUGGUAUUCUGAUUACUGGUGGAACGGGUUUUGUCGGGAAAGUCUUAAUUGAAAAACUUUUAAGGUCAUGCCGUGAUUUAAAUACAAUUUAUUUGGUUGUGAGGCAGUUGAAUGGUCAAAAUCCGAAUGAAAGGGUCAAAGAAAUGUUUACUAGUCCGGCAUUUGUUUACAUGUCGUCCUUGUUCACUAACCCUUCGAUUUUGGACGUGUAUGAACAAUUUUACAAUUCCCCGAUACCUGCGUCCACCGUCAUCCAGAUGGUUGAAGCUCUUCCCGAUUAUAUCCUGAACCAAGUAACUUCGGGGCUUGUGUCCGAAUGGCCAGAUGUGGUUACGUUUACCAAAGCGUUAUCAGAGCAAAUAAUUCAAUCAGCCGGACCAGAGCUACCCGCGUGUAUCAUUCGACCAGGAUUUGUCUUGGGCACGGCUAAUGAACCGAUAGCUGGUUGGAUGAACGAUUUGAACAAUUUGACCGGUUGUGCGCUAGGUUCUGGUCUCGGCCUGGUACGGGUUUUUCACGGACCUAGUAGCGUUAACGCUGAAAUCGUACCCGUUGACAUGCUGGUUAAUCUUCUUCUGGUGGCAUGCUGGGAGUUAAUUGGUAAUAGGACGGACGUCGUCAACGAAGAAGUACCCAAAGACACAGUUAACACUUUGAUUUACAAUUAUGCUUCGUCUAAUUUUAAACCAUGCUCUUGGAAUCAGUUGGGAGAAAAGUUUUUUAAAAAUGAAAAAAACGUUUCAUCACCAAACUUUUUUUGGAUGCCGUUUUAUUAUGUUACUAAUAGCAUAUUUAUUUAUUGGUUAAUGACGUUUUAUUUACACACUGUUCCGGCCAAAGUUGUGGAUUUGUUCAUCUGGCUUAUAGGAAAAGAACCCAGACUGAAUGAGUUUUAUAAACGAGUGCAUACAGCAGCUAAAAAUUUAAGUUCGUAUCAACAAAUGCACGUUAGAUACCAUAAUCACAACGUCAAAAACUUAAUGAACAAAUUAUCGUCGAGAGACAAAAUGUUGUUUGACUUCGAUAUGAGCAUACUGUCGUGGGAUGACUAUUUUCAUAAGUAUUUGAAGGGCCUUCGGGUAUAUUUAAUGGGAAAUCCCUUGCAUAUGCCCGGAACAAAUAAUAAUACACUGAACAGGUUGAUUACAAUUCAUUACAAUUUUAUAAUUUCUAUAUGUGUACUUAUUGUGAUGUAUACAAUAUAUUUUUAUUAUUAAAAUAAUGUAUAUAUAUUUUACGUAUGAUAUGUAUAGAUAAAAUAUUUCUAAAAUAAUCAAAAAAUUAGUUAUAACAUUAAACGCUUCUUAACCGUCUCUCUAUUGUACGUGUACCUAUAUCUAAAUUAUUUAUGUAAAACUAUUAACUAUAAUAAGUUUAUAAUAUAAGUUAUAAGAUAUAAUAUAAUUUACUUAAUAUUUUCAUCAUUGUACGUUUAUAAUGUAAAUGUAUACAUUAGUAUGUAGUUAUUGCAUUAUAUAUUUGCAUAUCAUAUUGAAAACAAAUUUUUAAAAAUAAUAACUUUAUAUUAGGUUAUGUUAUGUUAUGUCGUUUUUGUAUUUGUUUGAUAUACAGUUUGUAUUGAAUAUAAAACUCAGGCUUUAUAAUAAUAGAUUCCUUAAACUGUCUAUUAUAAAAUUUAUAUUUAUAUAUAUUUUUAUGAUAAUAUAUUACAGUUACUCCUUACACUAAUCG